AUGGGUAAUUGCUGUGGAAAGACAGACCCCGAGGCCUUCUCACAACCAGGCCGGGUCUUGGGUUCCGCACCGCCCCCAACAGCCGGUACGGCGCCAGUUCCCAAGACAGUUGGAGGCCCGCCGCGGACUCUCGGGGGUGGAUCAGUCGCUGAGGCUUCAGCCGAUGCGGAUAACGCGCGCAGGAGAGCCGCGGAAGCUGCAGAGGCUCGCGCCAAAGCCGCGUCAAAGCCAGGCGGAAAGUUGCAGACACAGCUCGCGGCGCAAAAGAAGCAGACUCGGUCAGAAACACUCAAGGACGCCAGUCAAGAGCAGCUUCGAGCGCGUGAGACCGACCAAGCAGCCGAGACACGUAAUUGGGAUUAA